GCAUUUGCAUCUCAGUUUCAAGUUAUUAUUCUAAGAGUGCAGUGCGGAAUCAACCCGAGAAAGAAUGACGUCAUUCUUAGAUGAGAUUUUAGUGAAUUUUCGCAUGUUCGGCCGGUACCACGGCGAGCUGAUGGUAUAUCUGGCCAUAGCGUAUUUGUGUAAUGGACUGUAUUCCGUAAAUUAUAUUUUUGCCGCCGAAGAGAUCAGCUAUAGAUGUAAAGACGAACUCUUUGAGAACAAUACGUGUGGUAAAAUCAAUUCAUCAAAAUGUACAGAAUUCGUUUACGACCAACCGAAUAGUUUCGUAGCUGAAUACGACCUAGGCUGUGAGGAAUGGAAAAGAACUUUUGUCGGUACCGCCCAUAGCUUGGGUUAUAUGUUUGGAUUGCCAAUCAUAGGAUCUUUGUCUGACAGGUUAGGUCGAAAAAAAGCCGUUAUCAUAACCGGCGUUUUGGGAGGUCUACUUGGAUUAGCCAAGAGCGCAUCAGCGUGGUACUGGUUGUAUGUUGUAUUCGAGAUCUUGGAAGCUGCCUUUGGCGAUAUUUUCUCCCCUGUUUAUAUUCUAACGGUAGAAAUGGUCGAAACUCGAAAACGCGUUCCAUACUACAUCAUAUCAUUUUUCGGAUUUUCCAUUGGAUGUACAAUAUUGGCCUUUGUCGCAUGGGAAGUACAGUAUUGGCGGACGUUCCUAAGAGUCAUUUACGCACCAUCUUUGCUGUUCAUUUUCUACAGUUUUCUAAUAGACGAAAGCCCGAGAUGGUUAUUAACGAAAGGUAGAAAAGAGGAAGCAGUAAAAACACUACAGAACGCAGCUAAGAAGAACAAGAUAGAGAUAGAUAUAACGGCGCUAGAUAAGAUGGUCUAUGAAGAUGAAAAAGAGAUGGCUCUUACGGAGUUACUGAAAACAACAUUUGCGUCAAAGACUUUAUUGUUGAGAUUUUUCGUUUGCACGACCUGGUGGGCGACCUCGACGUUCGUAAAUUAUGGAAUGACAAUCAACUCGGUAUCAUUACAAGGGAAUAAAUAUAUGAAUUUUGCGAUUGUUGCCAUUAUCGACGGGCCGGGAAACGUGUUAAUAAUGUUUGUUAUGAUGAAAUACAAGAGAAAGAAACCGUUGCUAAUAUCUUUUUUCGUUGGAGCGGCGAUGUAUAUAGUUCAACCAUUCUUGCCACUUAAUCAAACAUGGUUGUCAAUUGUAGUUUACACAUGCGGCAAGCUGGUAUCGUCUUUCUGUUUUAACAUAACAUAUAUGUACACCUCUGAGUUGUUUCCCACACAGACAAGAAAUUCAAUGCAAGCCUUAUGUUCAUCUUUGGGACGGAUCGGGUCCAUACUUGCGCCGCAGACUCCUUUACUGAAGGUAUAUUGGGACGGACUCCCAAUGAUGAUUUUUUGUGGAGCAGCAAUAUUUGCCGGGUUAGCGACUUUCUUAGUGCCUGACACUGCGGGCGAUUCUUUACCUGACACCGUGAGACAAGCUGAAGAGAUAGGCACUAAGAAACUAAGUAAAUAAGUGAUAAAUAAUAUCCUAGAGAGAUCAAAAGUAAAGAGUUGAGAAUCAGUCGCAAUGUUACUAACAAUUUUUUUCUAAUUGUGGCCAAAAAUUGAUUAAAUAUUUAAAAAAAAUGUAGCUUUUUAUUAGUAUUUUUUUCAAUUGUCUACUGGGUUUGUUCUUCACGAUUUAUUGUUUUAAUAAAACGUAGGUAAGGAGAAUUUGUUCCAAAAUAACACGAUCGAACAGUCAACUGUUUUAUUACUUGAAAUAAAGUUAUAGUUAUAAUUAACGCCCUUCAUUUAUUCACUGUUCACUUAUCGCCUGUCUAUUUCUGCUGUGUGUCAAUAUGAGUGGCCGCAUUUAAAUUGUUGAUGACUAUGAGCUUCGGUAACCACUUAAUAUCAGGUGGCCCGUCAGUUCCUCCAUCAGCAAUAACAAAAAGGUUAGUGAUAUGUCGCUGACAUUCCACCGAACAGGCAAUGUACAGCUGCGAUGCCGUCCGAUUAGUCCUGAGGUUGCAUACUAGCCAUAGAUUAUACACUUAUACUAGCGCCCACAGCUGUCUGGGGACAUCGCUAAUUGCUAAUUGUCAUCUGUCAACUGUCAGCGCUCGGGCUGUUGCCACUCUAAAAAAGUCAAAGCGCCGCCACAUAAAUACUUAUUUUUGUUAGCUCAAACAAUUCGAUCCAAUAUUCUAUUUUUAAACCAAGUUUUAAUCUUAGAAAUUGUUAAGUUAAUUAUGUUGCGUUGCAGUGGACAUCGACAAUACCAUUUAUUCGUCCUUAGGGCUCGCGCAAAACACUCGGAGCUCCUGAUAAGCUACCUCACAGACCAGUUUAAGACCAGUUUUUUACUUCAUAGGCUCAAAACAUUAUAAUAUUAUUUAUUAAAUUUUCUGGGAAAUUCUUAAAUAUUUCUUAUAUUGUCUCUAAAGUUUUCUAAAGAGACUCGCGAAAAUCUGAAGCACACACAAACACAACACAAACAUAUGGAAUUAUUGAAAAUAAAAGUUGUGCGUAUACCUGCUGGUGACAGGUAAUUUUCUCCGCGUAUAAAAUAUGUAUUAAGAUACUGAAAAUAGUAUAAAAAUAUCCCGUAUAUUUUGUAUCGUUCGGACUUUGAUCAAACGUCAAAAGAUCUAACGAUCUUUGAAACGAGUUUUUGAGAUUUGUUGGUUAGAUCUUCUCCAAUAUUUUUUUAAUUAGUCAAGAUGUUGUCAGUGACGGGCUCAUUUUUUUUUUCGGGCCGAACAUCCUACUAGUUUCCCGCACCUAGGGGGCGCGCGGCGUAUGUUGGACUUAACGAUCUGCCGAUAUUGGGAGCAGACCGCGGGCCCAAGGAGUUUUAGGGCCCUACCGCACUAAACGACUUCUUGCACUCUUACACCCGACGUCGGUCGGUAUGUUCGUCGACGAAAGCGACGACGACAACGCGGACCGCAUCGCAGUCCGCAGCCGCCGACGUGUCGUCCCAUCCUCCUGGUGCCAGCGCGCUAGACUGAUGGUAGCGUGCGGCGCAGUCUCAACCCCCUCAGGUUACCCCGUGACCAUCACUGGGAGGAGACUGCCUCCUCACAGGGGCUGGAGCUGGACGAACACCUUCUUCCGACCCCCAGCUUGGCGGCGGCGGCACGACGCCGAGAGGGAAGAAGAACUCUCCCUCUCCCGUUUCGUUGCCUCCUUGCUGGACUCGCAGAAGUCGAGCAUCGGCUGCCAGCACUCGUCGCUGCCGAGCAUCGUAGCCACGACGUUUGGAAGUGACAAGUCCGGUCCAGCUCAUUUAUAACGGGUACUUGAGGAUAAAAUAAAAAAAAAAUUCAAAGCAUGAUGGUUCCAACC